AUGGAAAGAGUUCGACCAUAUAUUUCAAAAACUGAGGCUGCAAGGAGACAUGUGGAGGAUAUCAGGAGGAACAAGUUCUCUAUUGGUGCAAAGGUCCCAAAUCCUUUGAUGAAAGACCUCCACAAUGCUGUUGCAGGCCUUUCAUCGGAGCUUUACACCAAGGAUAUCCAUUUCUUGAAAGAACUAAUUCAGAAUGCUGAGGACAAUGAGUACUUAGAAGCAGUUGGACCAAAGCUUGAAUUUGUUAUGACAACAAAGGACAUAACAGGUGUUGGUGCUCAAGCCACAUUGUUGGUAUUUAACAAUGAGCUUGGGUUUUCAAAAGCCAAUAUCGAUGCUCUUUGCAGUAUUGGCCAGUCCACCAAGAAGGGCAAGAGACGGCAGGGCUACAUUGGGGAGAAAGGAAUUGGCUUUAAAAGUGUGUUUCUUGUGAGUGCCCAACCAUUCAUUUUUAGCAAUGGGUAUCGAAUAUGCUUCAAGGAAUUUCCAGAUGGGGAUUGUGGAAUAGGUUAUAUUGUUCCUGAGUGGGUGACGACCAGACCAUCUAUCCAAGAUCUUCAGAGUGUUUACAAAAGUAGCAUCGUUCUGCCCACCACGACAAUUGUCCUCCCUCUGAAAGCUGAAAAGGCUGAAACUGUGAAAAAGGAGCUAUCACAAAUCCAGCCUGAAGUCCUUCUCUUCUUGCAGAAGAUAAAGCAGUUAGCUGUCUGGGAAGAUGGUAUACUGUCUUCGAGGAACUCACUUUCUGCAGUUUCCAUUUCAAGUGAAACUAGUCUUGUCCCUGCAAGAGGUCAAGUUGCAGACUCCCGACUACUUCAUAUAUCUGUUCAAGAAAAACAUGACAACAGUACAUCCAAGACCAGAUGCUCUUAUUACAUACAUAGGCAAGCCUUCCCAGUCAAACCUGCUUGCAUUGUGGAACAAAGGAAGGAUGUAAAGCAGUGGAUGAUAUCUCUGGCUUUCCCUUUGGGUGAAAGGCUGAAAAGAGGAACUUCCUCUGUUGGAAUCUUUGCAUUUCUGCCGACAUCCAUGGUGACCAACUUCCCCUUCAUGAUUCAAUCCGAUUUUAUACUUGCAUCUUCAAGAGAGGCAAUACUUGUUGACAACAAGUGGAAUUUGGGAAUCCUGGAGCAAGUUCCAUCAACAUUUGUUGGAGCACUAAUUACUUGUAUCAAAUCUGCUGAAAUCAUUAAGCUGCUUCCAGUGCAUUGUGCGCUUAAUCUUUUGCCUGCAAAAGAAUCCCCGUUUGAAGAACUUAAUAAAGUUAGAGAGUGUAUCAAAUUCAUGGUCCAAUCAGAAUGCAUUGUUCUUUAUGAGUCAUUUCUGGAUGAGCCAAAGGUAUUCUGUCGUCCAACUGAUGUUCUUAGGAUCUUACCGAAGUUCCGAAAUAUCUUGACCCGCAUCAAAGAAGACAAAAUACCUCUUAAUGCUGUUUCUUCUCAACGGAAGUUUGUUUUACACAAUCUUCUUGAUAACAAGAUGUACGAUGAACUUCUGAAUUUUUUGGGUGUACCAUCAGCACAUUGCAGUUAUGAUUGGUAUGGAAAAUGCAUUAAAACUUGUAACCUUUUAUGCCGAGCUUCACCAGAUGUGUACAUGGAUCUUCUUAGCUUUCUUGCUGAGUACUGGGAAUAUAUGCCUCUUAAGUCUGUUGAUUGUCUUCCUCUACUGAAGUACAUUAUUUGGAAUGGGGAUGUCUUAUCUUGCAGUGUUGCACAAAUUAAACAAGAAUCCUUGAAAAUUCAUCUUGUUUGGUCAUCUGAAGAGCAUGCUUGGCUGAGCAAAUGGAACCUCGAACUAGGUUGCCCUAAUGACUUGUUUUUCUGUCCUGAUUUCAUGGCAACUGCACUCCUGAAAGAUGAGAAACACAAUUUUUUGAAGAGAUGGCUGACUUCUGCAUUGGGUGUUGUCAUUACUGAUGCAUUUAGCUAUGCUUUGGAAGUGGUUGGCUUUAUUAGAAGAACAAAAGAUCCAGAUGUUGCGAUUUUGUUUGCUCAUUUUGUAUAUCAUAGUUUUAUGAAGAAAUACCUUGGUUCGCAUAAUAUUUCCAAAGUUCUGCUGGCUAUGCCUAUAGUUGAUAAAUCCGGAUAUGUGAGCCUUUGUUCUAGGAGUCUAGUACCUGCAUAUAUGGGGACGUGGGUGAAGCUGUUUGGUUUGGCUAACCCAUUCAGUGUUGGUUAUGAGACUAGUAACAAGAAGUCAAUAGAACAACAUGAGGUUCUUCAUCAUGCCAAUGGUGGAGAUAAUAGUUCUUACUGUGGAAAGUAUGCUGAGCUUGGAGAUAGUUAUUUAGAGGCUGCAGAGUUUGCUGGUCUCAUUACUCCUGAAAAGGAGCUCUUCAACUUUCUUGUGAUGCACGUCAAAGCUAUAGACUUGCCUCAUAUACUACCUCCUGAUGAUGCUCUGCAAGUAGCUUCUACUCUACUGACAAGUGAACAAUCUCUGUUGCUUCUGGAUUGGAUCAAGAAAUUGAGAUCCCAGCAAUGUCAAAUAAAUGGAUGGCCCAAGAAAUACGAGAUACCUCGAAGAUUUAUUGAAAGUAUUAGGAGUGGAAAAUGGAUGAAAACAUGCUCCGGCAUUAGCUCUCCCUUACAUUGCUAUCUUUAUGGCGGAAAUGAAAACGCUGUUUUACUGGAGCUGGGAAAAGCUCUCAAUGUCUUGUCAGCUAUUGAUGAAGUGUACUUUUCACAUGCGGUACGAUCAUUCAUGGAUGAGCUGGUAUUCAUUGGUGUAAAAAUUGGGAGUGAGAAUAUGUUUCAACUUAUUACUGAUCAUCUGAAGCCUUUGCUUUCCUCUAAAAUGAGUAGCAAAUUGGCAGUUUUAAUUUUGGGCUUCAUUAGGUACUCCAGGGAAAACAAUAAGCUUGAUGGGAACAUGAAGAAAUCUCUGCAAGAGGGAAAAUGGCUUAAGACUCUUCGAGGUUAUGCAUCUCCUGUUGGAUCUGUACUCCUAACUUCUGCUGAAGAAAAGGCUGUUGCACAAAUUUCAAAUUUGAAGAUUGUUUGUAGACCUAAAUAUGGGGUCAAACUUGCUUCUUUCCUGGAUGAACUGAAGUUUCUGGGUGUCACUGUGGAUUUGGAAGAAGUCUAUAAGCUGAUUCCUAAGCAUUUGAGAUUUCCAGAUAAUUUAUCUAGUUUGACUAAGGAUUCUGUGCUCCUGUUGCUUAAGUGCAUGCAAUUCACAGGUGCUGAUGCUUUUGAGUCUACACGACAUGUCUUUAGCCAAUGUUGGAUGAAGACGACAUCUGGCUUUAGAUGCCCCUCGGAAUCUGUAUUAUUUGAUCCUAUGUGGGAUCACUUGCUCAAAGUGGUUUCUUUACCCAUUAUCGAUGAAUCAUACUAUGGAAGCAGGAUUAGAUCUUACAAGGAAGAACUCGAGGCAAUUGCUGUGAUUGUAAAUCUUGAUUCAGCAAGCAAGCUAGUCGUUGAUAAACUCAAGUUGCUGAUAGCUUCAAGUGGUCUGAUUGGCACCAAGGUGAUCUCACUUUUGAAUUUUCUGAAGUGUGCCAAGAAUGAAAUGCCUUGUCUGGUAUCCGCUAUUGUUAGUUGCUUGUUAGAAGAAAUGUGGCUGAAAACUAACAAUGGCUAUAGCUACACUUCACAUGCUAUCUUGUUUAACUGCGAAUGGGCAACUGUUUCCCAGUUAGUGAACCUUCCUGUUAUCGAUGAGACUUUUUAUGGAGAUGAAAUCUACAAUUUCAAGGAGGAGCUGAAGAUGCUGGGUGUUGUGGUCAAUUUCAAUAAUGGUAUCCCCAUCAUUGUACGUGGGCUGAAGCUACCGGAAGAUCCAUCACUUGUUACAGUUGACAUGUUCUUGUCAUUACUUCAUUGUGUAGCCUCACUUAAAAGUGAUAAUUCUUCUGACCAGUCUCUACUUGAAGAUCUACUCAAAAAAUUGAGAGCGGCUAGAUGGUUGAAGACCCAUUUAGGCUACAGAUUGCCCCAGGAAGCUCUUCUUUAUGAUCUGGACUGGGAGGGCCAUCUAAAGUUACUUGAUGGGCCAUUCUUGGAUCAAAGUUUCUACAGGAAUCUUGAUUGUGUGGAAAUGGAUGCUCUGAGGAUGAUUGGUGUUAAGACAGGUCCACAAGAAGUUUGCAAUUGGUUUUUCCAAAAUUUUACUUCUCUAGUUCAGACUUGUCAGGUAAAGAGAAUCUAUAAAUUCAUGUAUAAGUACCACUGGACUCCAAAUUCUGAAGAUAAUGUGACAUGUCAGUUGUGGGUCCCUGAUGAUCAUGUUGAUGUUUGUGGGAUGUGGUUGGAUACUGUGACAUAUCAGUGGCGGAUUAUCUCUGAUCAUCAUAUUAAAGACGGUGGUAGAUGGGUGGAUAAUCAUGAUUGCGUAAUUUCUGAUGAUUGCAACUUAUUUGCUCAUCGGUUACAUGUUCUUGAUAAGUUGUAUGAGAUGGAGUUGCUGAACUUUUUGUCCUCAGCAUUUUCUGUCGCUUGGUGUCCUACCCUUGACAAAUAUAUGGACCUUUGGAAAUUUUGGUUGGAAAGUAAUCACCAAGUGACUUCUGUGGAGUUGAAAUCGUUUUGGGGAUACAUAUUGAGAAACUGGGAUGACUCUACUCUGGAGAUCCUUGAGAGAAACAUAAAUGCUUUUCCUGCAGUUGAUGUCUCAGGGGGAAUCCAGUUGGUGGACAGAGGAGAAGUUUUCAUUGCUGAUGACUUGCAGCUUAAGAAGUCAUUCAAAGAGUCUAGCAAGAGGCCACUAUUUAUUUGGUUUCCCCAAGAUGAUUUGAAUUUUCAAAACCGACUAUCUGAAAUUUACUGCUGUCUUGGUGUUCAAAAACUUUCAGAAUCUGUUGAAUGUUUGGUGAAUGGCGAUUUUCAUCAGAUGGAUCCUGAGGACAAUAUAAUUGGGAAACUGUUAGUCAAAAUAGUUAUGGGCUUUUUGGCAAGUCGAAUUAACAUGCCAUUAGGUGCAAGGCUGAGGAAGGCUAAGUCUCUCCUUGAUCUCCCCAUCUUUGGAACUGAUAAGCCUUUGGAGGUUACAUAUUCUUUACAAGUACCUUCAUCAGGACCAGAAGUGCAUGUCGGCAUCUAUAAGAAGGUCUUCUGGGACAGAAACUCAAAGAGACUGCUUAUUCAUACACCCAGUUGGAGCGGUGGCCAAAAAGACAUUCAACUGGUGACUGAUUAUGCCAGAGCAAUAUCAGAGGUCGUUUUAUCCAAUUGCUCGGGUCAUGUGGACUUGUGCCAUAUAAUUAAGUUGGGCUUUGCAUUUGGGUUCCAAGAGAAUGAGAUUGAUGAAUUGCUGAUGAUAGAAAAUCUUGCUGUGUCUUCCGAGGACACAGACUUCAUUGACCAUGUAUUUCCACCCAUUAAGAAUUUAAUAGCUUCAGUUAUGGAUUUUGCUUCGUUUGUCUGGAUGAUGUUUGGUGCUGUUUUUGGCUUACUGAAGAUCCAUGCAGACUCAUAG